AUGCCUCAGCCCACCAUGUGUUCAACAACAUCAGUCGUGCAACAAACACACGUCAUGUGUGACCUGCUUAUCACAUGUGACGAGUUGCAGGCUCAAGGACGGAAUGAGCUGAUUGCGCGAUACAUCAAGCUUCGAACGGGAAAGACACGGACCAGGAAACAGGUCUCCAGUCACAUUCAGGUGUUGGCACGACGGAAAGCUCGGGAAAUUCAGGUGAAACUCAAGGACCAGGUUGCCAAAGACAAAGUCAUGCAGAGUAUGUCCACCAUGUCUUCUGCUCAGAUCAUCUCAGCCACAGCCUUUCAGAAUAAGAUGGCUCUGCAGGGGCUCUCGCGGCCGACCUACCCGACCGCUGCUGGGUUCCACAUGUGUGUGUUGAUUCUGGACGGGUGUGUGUGUUGUGUUCUGCAGGCGGAUCUGAGCAUCAACCUCCAGGACGACAGCAGCUUCUUCUACGGCGUAUCCAGUCAGUAUGAGAGCUCAGAAAAUAUGAUCAUCACCUCCUCCACUAAAGUCUGCUCGUUUGGGAAACAGGUGGUGGAAAAGGUGGAGACGGAGUACGCACGCUUUGAGAACGGCAGAUACGUGUUCAGGAUCCAUCGAUCGCCGCUGUGUGAAUACAUGAUCAACUUCAUCCAUAAACUCAAACAUCUGCCAGAGAAAUACAUGAUGAACAGUGUACUUGAAAACUUCACCAUUCUGCAGGUGGUGACCAACAGAGACACUCUAGAAACCUUGCUAUGCAUCGCAUACGUGUUUGAAGUGUCCACCAGCGAACACGGAGCCCAGCAUCACAUCUACAGACUAGUCAAAGACUGAGCCUCUCCGCAGGCCACGGAUCCACAGACGCCACAGCGCUCCCUCCUGGGUGCAGCCCAAACUCCUGCACUUCUUCUGCUCGGGUCGCGCCGACACACAGGGCAAGCGACUCUCUAGAAGCACUGCUCAGAGGCACUGCUCAGAGAAUCUGCCGGGACGGCAAAUCUGAAUGUCGUGACAUUUGAAUUUAUUCUUUUGUAUAUUGAGAACUGUGAUAGCAGGACGAAAUGCAUGAGAACGUUCUUUGGUUUUUCUUCAUCUCAUUGUAGCCCCAUGUGUUUGUGUUAGUGUUUGUUAGUAUGGGAGUGAUGGUCACCUACCGGACGAGCCUAAGGUGGACAAACAGUGGUUUUUCUUCAUGUAUCAGGACAAACCUGAACGUCAAACGUCAGAAUGUGUUUUUUCGUAGAUUUGCUACAUUGUAUUUAUCAGCCAUGUUCUUAAAUGUGGAAAACUUCAACUUAAAUCAGCCUAACGUGAAAGAAACUCGGAAGACUCUGGGCUUUUCUCCACAACAAGGGUUUGUAAGAAACAGACAUGUAACUGCGUAUUUGACCUGACAGCAGAAUCAGUCGGUCAGAAACAGUCUGAUAUUUGGAAUAAAGAG